UCCCGCCCAAAUUCAUUUCGUACAAAAAGCCUCGAGGCUGUUGGUUCUGUUACGUUUCGCGCAUUUGCAUUUGCAUUUGCCCCCCCCCCCCCCUCUCUCUCUCUCUCAAGAAGAAGAAAACCCUAGCCCUAACUCUGUGAUUUUGGAUCCAAACGAGGAAAAGAGAAGGGAAAUGGCCGUCGCCGGGGCCUCUCUUCCCAGCUCUUCCCUCUACGUGGGUGAUCUGGACCCCUCCAUCUCCGACUCUGACCUCAUACAAUCCUUCUCCGCCGUGGGCCCCGUCGUUUCCGUCCGCGUCUGCCGAGACUCCAUCUCCAAAGCCUCUCUCGGCUACGGCUACGUCAACUUCUUAUCUCCCUCCGACGCUUCCAAGGCUCUGGAAUCUCUCAACCACACCCAGCUGAAAGGAAAGCAGAUGCGAAUCAUGUGGUCAUUUCGGGACCCACUUUCCAGGAAGAGCGGCGUGGCCAAUCUUUUUGUUAAUAAUUUGGAUCUUUCGAUUGACAGCGCUGCUUUGCGUAAGAUAUUUGGGAAGUUUGGGAACAUUCUUUCCUGUAAAGUGGCAGAUGAGAAUGGAAAUAAUAAGGGGUUUGGAUUUGUUCAGUUCGAUUCUGAGGAAGCUGCUCAAUCUGCUGUGGAGGCGCUUCAUGGUAGUCUUGUUUAUGGAAAGAAAAUUUACGUGUCUAAAUUUGUCAAGAAGACUGAGAAGCAAUCAGCCUGUGAAGAAACCAAGUUCACUAAUCUAUAUGUAAAGAAUCUGGAAAAUGGGUUGACUGAUGAUCUCCUUCGGGAAAAGUUCUCUGUAUUUGGGAAGAUAAUCAGUGCUGUUGUAAUGAAGGAUGAUUAUGGGAAGUCUCGGGGCUUUGGGUUUGUUAGCUUCGAGUUGCCAAAAGACGCUAAGAAGGCCAUGGAGGCCAUGAAUGGUGCACAACUGGGAUCAAAGAAUCUCUAUGUAGGAAGGGCUCAAAAGAAGGCUGAACGAGAGCAGAUGCUAAGUUGCCAGUUCAAGGGUUUGAAUGUGUACGUGAAAAACCUCGUUGACUCUGUUGAUGACAAUGAAUUAUGCGAACUUUUCAGUACUUGCGGCAAAAUAAGUUCAGCAAAAGUGAUGCUCAAUGAUGAAGGAUUGACUAGGGGAUUCGGUUUUGUGAGUUUUUUCACUCCUGCUGAUGCGGAAAAGGCCAUUUCUACUUUUCAUGGAACCAUUGUCCAUGGCAAGCCUCUGUAUGUGGCUAUAGCCCAGCGAAAAGAAGAUCGUCAAGCUAUAUUGCAGCAUCAGUAUGCCAAACAUAUGGCUGCAUUGCCAUGCUCUUUCACAUCUAAAAUUACCCCCUCCAGUUAUUCAGUAAAUUGCCAUCCUCCUCCCAUGAGUGCUCUCUCGCAGAUCAACCCGUAUCAGCCAAUCAUAUGCCAGGAUUUUGGUCGGAGCCCAAGCAUUCUUCCUCCAAGAAAACCGAUUUAUCCCACAAUGCUCUCAAGUAAACAAUGGCAAACAAGCGAGUGGGUAAAUGAGCUCCCACUUCUUGAGACUCCUCAGCAUGCCGCGCUUUUUUCUUACAUGCAACCCCCGCUUCAUCAAGUAAAUUCAGGGAAGCCAAUGAAAUACGCUGGUGGCAAAAACCAUCAGGAGCCAAGGUGUGGGCCUUUUGAGAAUCGAAAGUCAUGCUUUUAUAAGAGUAAGGUGAAAAAGCCAACUACAGGGCCUUCCAGUAAAGGAUCAGAGGCAUUAACAAAGACGCUAUCAGGAGUGGCUCCUAGGCAGCAUAAAAAAAUUAUUGGGGAUUAUCUUUACCCGCUGGUUCAGGAAUAUGAGUAUGAGUUUGCUGGGAAGAUAACAGGGAUGCUGUUGGAAAUGAGUACCUCUGAACUACUUGCAUUGGCGGAGUCACGGGACAAGCUGGCUGUGCGGGUCAAAUCAGCAGUUGAAGCUCUGAGGGUGGUGAAGCCUAAGACUGGCGAUUCACAUGAUGGUGAUAGCAACAUUAUCCAUCUUGACAGUCCCACUGUCAACUGAUGGAGACUCUCUCUCUCUCUCUCUCUCUCUCUCUCGUCUGUAUGCAGUUUCUUCCAUCCGGUUUUGUGAGUUGUUGUUGUUUUGUUUUCUGAACAUAUACCAUGUUUCAUUGUCAAAGAAUGGAGUUAAGAAUACUGUAGAUCUGCGACCGCAAGAGAUAUUCAUCACUCUUCCUAUAAUCAUGUACGUCUCUGUUAUUUGGCUUGUUC